UGUUUCAAAUAACGAUAAUGAACAGAAAACAAGAGGCCCAAAAUACUUACAGCCAACACAUAAAAUUUCGUCCUGCUGCAUCCCUUUUCUCACCGAGUUCCCUCUAUUGUUUUCUAACCCAAGCAUAUACAUGCUUGUUCUGUUAUGUAAAGAUGAUUGCACUCAAAUCCAUUCAUCCUUUCUUCACUCCUAUCUAUAUCAAAUAUAACAUCCACCGAAGCAGAUGCCUCAACACAAAAGAUUCUGUUUUGUGCCUCUGCAAGUCCAAUCAAUCUGAAUCUCAAGCUCCCCAACCAGGAGAUAUUCGCAAACAAGAACUGCUAGCCCAAAUUGCCAUGCUUCAAACUCAAAAAGUCCGUCUUAUGGACUAUUUUGAUGAGAGAUCUGAAUACUUGACCCAGUUUGGUGAAGAAGCGAAGGCUGAGUUUGACAAGAUUGGAGAAGAUGCCCUCCAAGGAUUAGAUGAAGCUAGUGCCAGAAUAACAGCAAACAUAGAGAGCCAGAUGGUGGAGUUUGAGGAAUCUGCAGAACUUAACAGACAAGAGAUUCAGGAGCGUGAAAAAGAACUAGACAAAUUUGAAGUUCAAAUGGAGGAUGGAAGAAACGAAGGGCUAUUCUUUAAGAACCUCAGAAAGAAGGCACCUGUUGACAAAGCGAAAGCUAAGGAAGAGGCAGAAAAAAUCAAAGAUGUAGCCAGAGAAAAAGCUGGUAGCAGAACAAGAAAAGGCAUUUACCUCCUCUUUAUUGGCUUACUGACCUUUGCAAUAGUUGAUUCUGUUGCCUCAUCAUCAACUGAUUGGAGAAAAAUAGCAGUUCUGGGAGCUAUUCUAGUGGCUUUAGUUUCUCAGUUCAUCUACGAACAGACAAUGUCAAUAGAAACUGGAAAAAUAAGAAAGAUCGAUACCGAAGAGGAAAAUAACUGAAGUUUAAUUGUUACUGAGAUUCAAUGCAAGUUUCUGUGGAAGACAAAAUUAUAAUGGAUGUUGCGUGAUGCAAUAAUCCCAAGUGGAAGCUUAUAACUUGGGCCUGAUAUCAUCAUGCUACUUUGCUUUGGCAUCAAUAACAGCAGAUAUUGGUGAUAUAACUAGAAUCACCAAAAUCUGAGUAACUGGGUUACCAAGUGAUGCUGAUGAAACUUUUAACAUCCUAUGUCAAUACAAAAAAAAAAAAAAAACACUCUUAUUAUCAUACUAGUUUUUAGAUAUGUACAUUUGGAAGCUAACUUGUAUAUCUGUGUCUUCUGUCAUAUAUGCAAUUAAUGAGAAACUAAUAAAUACA